AUGACUGUUAUCAUUGCCACAUUGUUUAUUGCAACAAAUUGCAAGAGAUUAGCAAAGUGCGAAGAAAAAUUUUCACUAUCUGAACGUGAGGAUAGGGUGGAUUCCGUGUUCACGGGUACUGUUCAACGUAUCUACCGAAUUAGUCCGUAUAUAUUGCUGGAUUACAAUGCCGUAAUUCUCGUCAAGAGAGUGAUAAAAGGUGACAAAGCCAUUCUGAAUAAUGCCGUAGUGAUAAAAGGUUUUGGGAACAAGAGAAUAUGCCAAAGUAACGUAAAAGAAAAAGACACAAGGAUAUUUUUAGUGAACGCAUUGGAAGAUGGAGUAUUUCGAUUGAAUUUUAGCCUUUUGAGAAUGACUGUUGAAAAUUUGGAUAUGAUUGAAGCUGCUGUGAAAGACUUAUGUUUACAAACAGGAGGUUCGUAA